GGCCGCCGCCGGGCUCCUCCGUCCGUCCGUCCGUCCGUCCGUCCCCCUCGGCCAUCAUGAGGCUCUCGGCGGCGGCCUGGAUCUCGCACGGGCGGGUCUUCCGGCGGCUGGGCCGCGGCCCCCGCAACCGCCUCGACCUCCUGCGCAACCUCGUCACGGCCCUGGUGCGCCACGAGCGGAUCGAGACCAUCUACGCGCGCGCCGACGAGAUGCGCGGCUACGCCGAGCGGCUGAUUGACUAUGCCAAACGUGGGGACACCGAUCCCAAAGCCAUGCGCAUGGCCGACUUCUGGCUGACGGAGAAAGACCUCAUCCACAAACUUUUCAAAGUGCUAGCUCCACGCUACCAGCUGUAUUCAAGGAACUACACUCGAUUGCUGCAGAUUCCCAAUCGUGACGACCAAGAUCGAGCCAGAAUGGCAGUAAUUGAAUACAAGGGGAACCCUUUGCCACCGCUCCCCAUCCCACGUAGAGACAGUGAGAAGACCCUGGUGAACCAGCUCCUGAAAGGUUACAGGGACGAUGUGCUCCGAGUGAAGGGAGCCCCCCACCUUGAAGAGGGGCACGUGGGCACAGCGGUGUAGAGAUGCCUCUCACGCCCUUUGUGGGGGAAGCAGAACUGCAUGCUGCCGGGGGGGGGGGGGGGGGGGCUCGACCUUUCAUACCCCGCCUGUUGGCCGCCCUCUUAGCGGGAACAGUCACAAGCCCCGCCCCCCCCACGAGGAGUGUUGUUUCCUGGAGGCCUGUCCCCUUGGUCUUGUGGGCUGUGCCAGGCAGCAGGGGUUGUCCCUCGUAACAUCUCUGUUUGGGCAAUUUUUUGACAUAUGGAAACGUUGAGGAGGAGUCCGGUUUAGUCAUAUUUCAAUAAAUGUAGCCACGGGGCAAAUACAUUAUUGUCCAGUCUUCUCUCCUGUGCCAGAGUGCUACGUGACAUCAGAGAACAUUCGAGAAAUUUCCGUCUACUGAAAUGGAAGAUGAUCCUGAAUGUAGGAUGACUUUUAUAAAAAAGAGAAAGCUUUACAUGAAAACAGAUGAUCGUUAAUUGCAGAUACCCCCCCCACACACACACACAAAAAGAGACCGGCCAGCCCACCUCUGUCUUCCCAGCCCCCUCCCCAGGGGUCCCUUGUCACAGCCACCAUGGACACAGCCCCCCCCCCCCCCUUCUGUCUGAGCCAGGAAGCAGGAAGAGAGCCCACCCCGCAGCUGGGUUGCAAAGCCUGCUUCCAUCCCCCCAACACACACACCCGCUGAAGGAGACGCUGGCCUUUCUCUCCUGUGGCUUUUGGCUGAGCAAAGAUCCACCUAGCCAUUCCAGACUGCUGCCUGCUUCCAACCCCAGUUGGACAGAGAGGCUGGGCACCUUCGCCCUUUGUGGCCAAGCCAGAGGACACAAAGGAAAAGAGUGCGCUUGCAGAACUUUUCAGCCAGCGCAACCAAGUGGCACACCCUCUUGCCUCUCUGUGUAGGUGCCAGAGAGGGGCACAGUGGCUCCAGAUCAGCUAAGUUGGAGUGGUAGCCUCCCCAGCAGACCUCCCCACCAAUCAUCGAAUGAGGACAGCUUUACAUAAAUUUACCCCAAGUAAGCAUACAAAGAUUACUUAGCUUUCCAGGUGGCUCAAGGCACACUUUAAUAUUACCUACUAGCUGGUGUUUGCGCUGGCAAUACCACCACCAUUGUUGAAGUACUUGGAGCAUAAAUGCAGCCUUGCUGGAUCAGCCCCGUGAUCCACCCAGCACAGCAGCAUCCUCCUCCUUCUUCUUCACCAUGCCCAAGCCGCUGCCCUGGAGGCCAAGGCCUUUGCCUGACGCUGCCUCCUUGGCACUGAGUCCCAGAGGUCGGCUGCGGUCAGUGGAGGGUUCCCCUCAGCCCCCCGGCUAGCAGCCCUGCGUGGGCCUCCCCACCCUCCGUCUGCCUGACCUUAUCAAGCCGUCCGUGCUUCUGUUCAUUGCUGUGACUCAGUGGAUACAGAUGUGUGUCCUUUUGUCUGUCUUGAAUUCAUUGGGUGCCCCCAAUUUCUACUGUUAUGGGAGGGAAGAAAAAGUUCCAUAUCCACUUUCUCCCCCUGUGCAAAAUGUAUAGACCUCUGUCAUAUUCCCAUUAGUAGUAUUUUUUUCUGAACUGAAAAGCCCCAGACUCUUAACCUUUUCUUAUAGGAAAGGUGUUCCAACCCCUUAAGGACUGUGAUUGCAGUCUUCUGCAGUCUUCUGUUUAAGGUGGAGUGACAGUACUUCAGACAGCACAUGGUAUUCCAAAUGAAGCGGCACCAUGAAUCUCUUAGAGGCAUUAUAAUAUUCAUUCUUGGUUUUCAGUCCUUUUACUAAUAAUCCCCAGCAUAGAGUUUCCCUUUUAGCACACUAGUGGCUCAUUCAUUUGACAUUUUCAUCCUCUAAUAAAAUCCACAGAUCCUUCUGCCUCUCAGUGUCAGUGAAUUCUGACUCCCAUCAGUAUAUAUGUAAUGUUAGGGUUUUUUGUUCCACUUUGCAUCACCCUACAUUUACUGACAGUGAACUUCAUUUGCCAUAUGGUUGCCCAUUCAGCCAAUUUAGAGAGAUCCUCCUGGAGGUCUCCACAAUCUGCCCUGGGGUUCACCAUCCUGAAUAACUUUUCACUGCAUUGCUCACACCAAAUUUUAGAUCAUUUAUGAACAAACUAGGACCAGUCCUUGUGGCACCCCACUGCUCC